ACUGUGAUGACAAAACCCCCCCAAGCCUUCCCUCAGCACCACCCCUUACACUGCUGUGAAGAGGAAGUGAGAUUCUCAGUGUAAGGUACUUUCAUGCUCCAAGCUGUGCUGUUUAUCAAGAUCCCGAGCUGCCUCCGACAAGAACAAUCCUGCUCAAAGUUUAGCAGUGCCGUGCCUAUAUUUGGAGCUAUGCAUUUCUCUCUUCACGAAUAAGGUGUGGUUAACCUGAACCUACCUCAACAUGUUUGUCAGCUUUAAUCACUCAGGGAACUCGAAAACACUAUAGCUUGCCGAGAACGACAUGGAGUCAAAAGCUAACCCUGAGGUCACUGACGCUAUGGAGUCGGAUCUACUUCGCAGUGUCCACGCUAUCCUGCUGGAGUUAGGCGGGCAUCAUACGGCUUCUCAAUUCAACAGAGGAAUGCUGAGAUGGACCUUGCACAAGAAAAUUGAAAGGAACCCCGCCAACAACAGCACCUUGGUUAAAAUUGUUGUUAAAGAGCUAGAGAGGGCAGAGAGGUCUGAUAAUAAGCUUCACAUUAUUCCUCUCCUUCACACACUCAUGUACGCUAUAGUACAGGCCGUUUACAUUCCAGAUGACCUGUACAAGAGGGUUUAUGAAUUCUGUAAAAGAUUGCUGACGCUACCCCAGCCCUACUGCACAGUUGGACUCAGCCAUGCAGUCCGUGUAAAAAGUGAAAGACUGACCCCAGGUGUUCUGUACCAGAGGAUGGUCCUUUCUGAACAAAACAUUAAAAACGAACAAUACCAGUACCAUGAAAAGGUGUUCGUGUUUGCAGACCCUGCCCUGUUAUCAAUGGAGAUGAGCGCGGCUCUCAGCAGUGAGAUUGAGUCAGCCAGCCCCUGCAGGAGCCACAUGAGCUACAUGUGUGAUGUCAUCGUGCACACCAUGCAGGCUGCGCUGGGGGACAGCUGUGACGCCCCCACGCUGGAGCGCAUGCUGAAGGCGAAAGGCCAAGACACGAUCGAGCUGUAUUUCCGGGAAGUGGUGGCGACUGUGGAGGUGUGUGCAGAGGAAGCUGGAGGAAACCACAUCUUGUACACAGGCAAGCUGCAACAGCUCUACACAACCAUCGUCAGCUCUGCAAACCCAGAUGGACAGUCCAGUAGCACACUUUUCGGCAUUCCACUCCCCAACCCCGAAAUCAGCUUUCACCUUUGGAGAGAGGACGAUCUCUUGUGGAAAGAACUUGCCAAAUUCACCAGGUCAGUGUCCUCCAGCGAAGUUCUCUCCAGUGACUCUGCAUCGUUUGAGAUGCCAGACCCCGUAUCGGACCUCACCUCCAGCGAGCUCCUGCGGCUCUCGAUCCUGUCGACGGACAGCGGCAUCGAGAGAGACCUGCCCCCCAGCGAGCUGCCGGCCGUCAGCGAGGAGCCCUCUGCUGGCCGCAGUGAGCAGGAGCAGGGGAGGCUGGUCAGGAGGGGUGGGAUUAAGAUGAAGCCCUCUGUGUCGGACGGUAUGGCUCUGCUGCAAGAUACCCUGGAGGAGACAGGUGCAAGCCCCCUGGGGAAGCUGCAGAGAAGAGCUGGGAGCCAUGGGUUACCAGGCAGCAGACAGCAGAAACUCUACACAGCUCGCAUUGUGGUGCUGGGUGACGACAGGAUUGUAGGAAGACUUGCAAAGGCCUACUACUCACUAAGGAAAAGAGAAGCAAGACGACCGUUUUUGACACAAAAACUGAGCCUGCAGUUUUACUACAUACCUGUAACUCACGAAGAACAGAGUUCCUCUUCCACCAAGGAAAAUACUCCAACUGCAGGAAGCGAUCUGUGUCAGCUGGCUGCGUACCUGGGCAGGGUUGAUCCGUGGUACGAAAACAACAUCAGAAGUCUCUGUCAUAUGAUACCCAAGCUGGCAAAAAUGAAAUCCUGCUCUGGUAAGUCCUCAGAGGCAAACCCUUUCCUCGUCGACGUGAUCUCCUACUACGUGCGAAUGGGGCUGCAGCCUGUCUACUUCUGCAUAUACUCAGUCAAGAUUGCAUUUACCUGCCUGACCAAAGAACACGUAGAGGAUGUGUUUGUCACCCAGCUCCAGAUAGACAUCCCGGAAUGUAUGAGCUUUUCUGGUACAAUGAAAGGAAAAGGUACUCUUACUCGGAAGAAGAAUUUCACAGAGAAUUGUGGAGCAAUGAUGACGAUCUCCUACAAAAAGGCAUCUCUAAGCAACAGGGAAGUUGAGAAGGGGCUGUCGUUACAAACAUCUGGGUUGGUUAUGAGAGCUAUUCCCUCCUGCGAAACUGAAGACCUUGACUGUCUGAUUGUGAGUUUCUCUGAGGGAUCUAAGGUGAAGGCAGGUGUGGAUGGCAAGAUUAGAACCUGCAAUAUUAAAAUCGGGACGCUUGAACAAAAACCUUUCACUGUUUGUCUUGACCAGGACUACCGGAGGAUCUUUAAGAACGUUGCAAGCAUUGAAGUAUCGCCAUGCUUGGAGCCUGGGUACUGCAUUCAGAAAAUGCGGAAUUCAAGAUUCAGUGUGUGUGACCAAGAAGACGUUGGACUGACCAAAUACAUGUCCAAGGCACUUCCCCUGCCAAUCAACACGUUUGCAGGCAUCAUACAAUGACAAUGACAAUCGAGGGGGAAAAAUACAACAGGUGUUAACUAGAGCACUUUACAGAUGUGUACAGAUGUGUGCCACUGCAGGCGUGAGCUCCGAUAGGUUCACAAAAAUGGUGUUCACCUGCAGCAGGCAACAUUGUGGAAAGCAGUAGGUUACUUAACCUGAUAUAGAAUAUCAUGGCAUAUAAAAAACACUGGUGAGAUUGUGUUUAACGUGGGACCUCGUUUAGAGGCAGCUCUCCUCUUAGCGUAUCCUUCAUAGCAGUGUCAUCGGCUUCAUAUAGUGAAGAAACUGAAAGUCUGACGCAGAACAACCACACGCAGCUGGGAUCGAUCUACACAGGAGUCAGCAUUAAAGAAAUCAACAUGCUGGCCUUGGAAACAAAACCAUUUUCAAUAUCAAAGCCCAUUGGGAAAACAUUAUAAGUUAAUGGAAGGCAAAGAACGAGAUUCUCAGUUUUAUGUACAGUCAAAAGUAUCCCAUAAUCCAAUCAAGAGGAGAACACCGCCCAGGUGGCACCAUGCAGAGCCCAGCGGUACAUUUUAAAACUUACAGGCUGAAAAUUGCUUUUGUUCGUGUGCAAGAUUAGCAUCACAUGGUAAAAAAAAUUACCUUCCGUAAGUUCAUGGAACAUGGUUAGUUUUAAUGACGUAAUCUGACUUGUGUAACAUUUUACCAGUUAGUUUUGCAACUCUGCAACAGCUUUAGCGCGUGCACAAUAUAUGAAGAAUGUAUUGACAGCUUAGACAUAAAAAAAAAAAAAACACCAG